CAAAACUGCUUUGGUGAUUAUUAGGGUUUGUUAGUGAGGGAGAUUAACUGAGCCUUAAGCUCAGCUCAAUAUAGAAAGAGAGAGAGAGAGGAGAGAUAAAUAAGCCUCCAACCUAACAAAAAAACAAACCCAAGAUUCAUAUAACAGCAAAUCAAGAAAAUUCUUGGAGCAUUUAAAUGACAUAUUAUAUUAUGUGGAGCUAUUAGUUUCUUGCAAUUAUUAUACAUAAAGUAGGUGUCUGGAUUCUCAAAGUUAUAUUGGAGAAGGGAGAUAAUAAAUGAGUUGAUGCUUGUUAUUAGAGGUACUGAGCGUAAUGAUAGUUUUUGUGUAUAGUGGUGGUGGUUGUGUUUUAUCCUAUACGGAGGUGCAAGCAAAUCAGCUGUGGUUGAUAAGCCGACAUGCUGAGUAAUUAUCUUUUUAGAUUAAGUCGUGCAGCUAGGCAGGGACUCCAGAAAUCCAUUUCUGGGCAACAAGAAAGUGGGCUCCGGGACUCGGUGGAGAUUUUGGUUGCCCAAGGGAGAUUGUUAUUUGGCAAUUCGAUCCUGAAUGUGCUUGUGCGGCCUGGAACCUUAGCUGCUGCACAGGCCAAUUUGCAUAUAGUAAACCAGAAAAAGAAUCUUUCUGUAGUUGGAGCGAUUUCUCGUGCAGUUUCUAUUCCUUCUGUGUCAGGGCCCGCAUUUCACGUCUGUGGCUAUCACAUUGAUCGCCUUAUAUCUGACCCUGCUAAAAGUUUGUCUGACAAAGCACCUAUGGAAAUCUGUGGUUCAAGAACUUCUCCUCCUGGCUGUGCCUCAGGCAAAAUGACUUCAGGGCAUCUAAACUCUGUUCUGUCUGUGAAUAAUCCUAUUACUUCAUAUAGCAAUAGAAGCUUUGAUAAUUGUAGAAAAGCCAGCAUGAGUUUGAGAAAUAAAAAUCAGCCCAACAACUUUUUACUUUACGGAUAUUUCGCAUACAAUGUAGCAAAGAGAAGGGAAAAUUCUGAUCUAUACGAAGGCCUUGGUUUGACGGGGUUCCAUACUUCAUCAACUACUUGUUCCUCUACUGGCACUGCUCAUGAUGUGUCAUUCGGUAACUCUACGUGUGGGGUGCAGCUCUCAAGUUCAGCAGAUUCAUCUGACCAGAAUAUCCACAUUGACAGAACCCUGAAGCUAAAUUCCGGAUCAUGUUACCUGCCUCAUCCUGAUAAAGAAGAAACAGGUGGAGAGGAUGCUCAUUUUAUUUGUAGUGACGAACAAGCAAUUGGUGUAGCUGAUGGUGUUGGUGGUUGGGCUGAUCUUGGUGUUGACGCUGGGCUGUAUGCACGAGAGCUAAUGUCUCACUCGGUCACUGCAAUUCAAGAUGAACCAAAAGGUUCGGUGGACCCAGCCAGAGUCCUCGAUAAAGCUCAUACGUGCACAAGAGCCAAAGGUUCCUCAACUGCCUGUAUAAUUGCCCUUACAGAUCAGGGUCUGCAUGCCAUUAAUUUAGGAGACAGUGGGUUUAUAGUUGUUAGAGAUGGAUGUACUGUUUUCAGAUCCCCUGUGCAGCAGCAUGAUUUCAAUAUAACAUUUCAACUAGAGUGUGGUAGUGCUGGUGACUUACCAAGCUCUGGAGAGGUGUUCAAAAUACCGGUGGCACCAGGAGAUGUUAUAAUAGCUGGCACUGAUGGGUUGUUCGACAAUUUGUACAACAAUGAUAUUAAUGCAAUAGUCGUUCAUGCAACGAGAGCUGGCUUAGGGCCACAAGUGACAGCUCAGAAGAUAGCUGCAUUGGCUCGGCAAAGAGCAGAGGAUAAGAACAGGCAGACCCCUUUCUCUGCUGCAGCUCAAGAAGCUGGGUUCCGUUACUAUGGCGGGAAGCUGGACGAUAUAACUGUGGUUGUAUCCUACAUAAGCAGUGACAGAAAUGAAAGAUCUAACAGCUUACAGAUGUAGUUGAGCGCUUUGUUUCUUGCUUGGCUUUGGAGGUUACACGUUUUAAGCUCCAUUUGAAGGGGAUGUUAAACCUUGCAUAUAUCGUGUGAUUGUGUCGAAGAUCACUUCUGAGUUAACCCCUCUUUCCCACUUCAUAGCUCACGCAAAAAAAGAAAAAAAGAAGAAGAAAAAGUAUAUCGGUAACCGCACCUCCCCCUCUCGCUCUCUCUCCCCACCCCCUCAUCCCGUAGGGAAAGAUCAUAUGAGUGCUGAUUAUGUAUAUGGAAUAGUUAGACAGAAAGGUGCUUCUAUAUAUGGUGCUUGAUUUAGGAAUUAUCUUUCUGGAGAUAUGUUGGUUUCCAUUAGAAUUGCUAGUUAGGACACAGUAACUUGCAGCAUUAAGCUUUCUUCAAUUCUUGGAAACUGAAUUCUUUGUCAUCUUUUUCCAGUGUAAUUGUUCUUGGACAUGGUUUUCCCACUGGCUGUAAAUAAAUGAGCAUUUUCUUUA